AGGGGACAUGCGGAGACAGAGAGAGAGAGAGAGAGAGAGAAAGGGAAUAGAGAGGAGACUCCAAAGCAAACAAACGAGUCGUGGGUUAGUCCUGGAAUUGUAAUAUCGGUAUCAUCACGAGGAGGAGGAGGAGGAGGAGGAUUUUCAUCUCAUCGACAUCAGUACAACUUUUGGAGGGGAAGAGAUGACUGGAGGAGGAGGAGGAGGAGGAGAAAGUGGAUGGGGCAGCUGCUUUGCAUAUACGAUCGGCGCCGUAGCAGUGAUAUUGAUAUGGCAAUUGAUCUCCAACACCGGGUUGAAAUCUUCCUUCUUCUUCUUCUUCCUUCCUAAUAAUCAUUUCAGAUCACAAGAAGCUGCUACCCCUAACCCCUCUGCUCCUCCUCCUCCUCCUUCUUUUGGGAGCUUCAACAACUCCACCGUUCCCGCCUCCUCUGCCCUUUCCCCGCCUAGGGUUUCUGGUUUUAUAUCUGAUUCGGAUUUGAAGAGUGUCAUUGACAAUUUGGAUGAAAAGCUCCAAGAGCAUGAGAGAUGGGACAGUGUCAUAGACAGAAGAAACAAUCUUCUUUGCUACAAGGCAAAGUGCUGCAAACCAAAGGAUGGUCCUCUGAAAUAUUUGAGUGUGACAAUAUUCGAGAACUGCUCUGCUGAGGUGCUGAGAGAUUUCUAUAUGGACAAUGAUUAUAGGAAGCAGUGGGACAAGACCCUGAUUAAGCAUGAGCAGUUUCAGGUGGACGAAAGUAAUGGAACUGAAAUUGGUCGCACAAUUAAAAAAUUCCCGCUCUUGACACCAAGAGAGUACAUAUUAGCUUGGAGAGUGUGGGAAGGAAAAGAUAAAAUCUUCUACUGUUGCAGUAAGGGGUGUGAACAUCCUAUGGCUCCGAUACAGAAGAAGUAUGUACGGGUUGGGUUCUUUAGAUCUGGCUGGAGAAUCAGGAAAGUACUUGGUAGAAAUGCAUGUGAGAUCCAAAUGGUACACCAAGAAGAUGCUGGUUUGAAUGUGGAAAUUGCAAAGCUGGCCUUUGCAAAAGGCAUAUGGAGUUAUGUAUGUAAGAUGGAUCAUGCCCUUCGCAAAUACUCUGCUUUCUACCAUCUUCGACCGAUUAUAGCUGUAAAUGCCAUCAGUCUGAUUCAGAAGGUUCCUCCUGAAUUGGAUACCAUAAACAUUUCUAGCGCAGAUCAUCCAGAAACCUCAACAGCAAGUGCUAUUUGUUGCAAGGUUGCUUGUGAACGCAGCAGGAAGAAACUCCUGAGGCCUUCAAAUAAAUUGAUCGCCAAUGGACUGAUUUUUCUAGGGGGUGUGAUCUGCCUUUCUCGUGGUCAGUCUAACUUGGGUGCGAAGGUUGCCAUGGCAUACAUAUUGAGUAAGCUGACCAAGCGUGGAGCUUCAUCAAGUCAAAGCCGGCAAGCUUUGGUGCCAUAG